AUGGCGACCCAAGGCGCCCCAAUGGAGGAGAUAAUGUGGCGGUCUCCCCCGCACGUCCAGAUGAUGGGAGGAUUCCUCCAUUCGAACAACAUUCUCUUCUACUUUGCCGAAUCCCCUUUCUUUGACGCGACCUCCAACAAUGCCUCCCUCGCCAUCCAGGCCAACUACAACGAGGCCUUCCGCCAUUUCGUCGAAACGCGCGAAGCUUUCGAAGGCCGAUUGAAGACCAUGCAGGGUCUGGAGUUUGUCGUCUCCUAUGACCCCCUUCAAGCAGCGGCACAGACAGAUACCAGUUUUGCCCACGAACCAUCCAACAUCUGGGUAAUCCGGAAACAGAACCGGCGAAAGAGGAGUGGAUUUGAAGAUGAAGUGUCCGUCAUAUCGACGUUCUUUGUUGUGGGCGACGCAAUCUACAUGGCUCCUUCAGUUGCCAGUGUUGUCGGAAACCGAAUUCUAUCAGCCGUUACAUCACUAUCACGAUUUAUGAAAACCGCCUCAACAUUGCCGACCUUCACCCCCUCCUACGGCCACACAUACAUGCCACCAGGAGUCCGCAGCAAAGAACCAAACCAACAAUCCUCCCAACAAAGCAAAGAAUCAACACCAAUGCCCGACGCACUCAGCGACACACAAUCAAUAUCAAAAACAAACCUAGGCGUUUCAGCCAUCAGCUCAAACUACCAAGACACCCGCAGCCUAGCGGAAUCAUUCAGCCUGCUAGCACGCUACGGCGACGAAUUCAUGGACGAGAACCCCCUCGCCGGUGAACCAGGCUCGUUCAUCUUAUCACGAACGGGCGGCGAGGGCGGCGGUGCUGGUAAGCAGGCCGCGCCUAAAGCCGGCGCAGGUCCUUCGUCGUUGAGUGUUCCUGCUUCUGGUCCGCCUGGGCGGGCGACUACACCACAGGUUCGUGUUGAGACGCCGAAGGGGUCUGAUAAGGGUGCUUCGCCGCCUAGUUCUGGUGGAGAUCGGGGGAAGAGGAAGAAGAGUCGGAAUGUGGUUUGA